ACGCUUCUUAACUUUCAGGUUGAUCUCUGUCAGCAGGUUAGCCCUUGCGCUGUAUAUUGGUACGAAGCAAUUUCUGCCUUCAGUCAUGGCUAGUUAAUUGUUGCAAUGGAUUGAGGUCUCCGCCUAAUCAAACUUUUUUAAACAUAUGUAUAUGCAUAUUAAAAUAUCAGAUUUAAUAUUGCACCUAUAUAUAUAUAUAUAUUAACAAUGGAGUUACGGUUUGGAUAACAUCUUAUCAACAUGUUCCUUUAUCGUAGAGAGCCGCAGGGACUGCUAUGGAAAUUGCUGUUAGUGGGAGUGACAUUGGCUGCUGAUUGUCCAUCUAUGUGUAUAUGCGAACCUUUCAAGGUAACCUGCAAAGGCAAAGGUUUAAAUGCUUUUCCAGAAAGCCUUCCAUUAAACACCAGGCAUCUUGACCUCUCAGACAACAGUAUCUCCGAAAUCAAUUCUCUGGAACUCAAUCUGCUCGUUGAUCUGGUGCACCUGGAUUGUAGCCACAAUGCAAUAUCGGAGAUUUCAAAACUGGAUUUCCUCUCUGGCAUAAAGCUAGUUUAUUUAGAUUUCAGUUACAAUGCCUUGAAACAAAUCGGCUCGACGACAUUGGAAAGUUUAACUAACCUGAUCGUGCUGAAGGUCAGUAAUAACAAGAUAAGCGAAGUGCAGCGGGGCGCCUUUGAAACAAACAUUGGACUUCGGCUGCUUGAUCUCAGAAACAAUAAUCUGACAUUUUUUAACGUUUCGUUAAUACGAGGUCUUCAAGGACUGAAAUCCGUGUAUUUGUCUGGUAAUCCCUGGGAUUGUCAAUGCACGAUUAAACUGCUGAGUCAGUGGUUAAAGGAAAGCAAAGUUACUUUUCCAGAUCAUAAAGACACUGUCUGCCGUAGUCCAAAAUCAAUGGUUGGGAUCCCAGUCUCUGGAGCCUUAUACAAGUUAUUGCAGAUCUGUCUCACGCCUCUGGAUUACUUCGACUAUAUAUUUUUCGUAAUGGUUGGUUUUGCAAUAUUUAUCAGUGGCAUCAUUGUAGCCUCAAUCACAGGUGCAAUCAUGGUCUGCUUGGAGCGUCACCGGAGGAAUACAGAAAAAGAAGAUGAGAUAGAAAUAGCUCUGUAUCAAGCAGAAGGGUCUACAGUGAGAUUUAACAAUAUCGAAACAUGAUAAAGGUCUUUUCAGGAAUAUCCUGUCACAAGGAACUCUUUAUUUUAUCAGUAAGGUCAUUGGUAGGAUGGUUCAUGUUAUGAGUUAAAUUAAAAUGAAUUAUUUGCUAACCAAUGGAUCAAUAUAAUGAACUAUGUAGAAAACUCAAGGGCAUCUCUCAGCAAAAUUAUCAUGGUUCAAUUAUGUAGUACUUUCUUUGCAAUUUAUAUAUUUUCGGAAGCACUCAUUUAUUUUGUAAGCUAUAUGCCAAUAAAAUUUAUUAUACAUUU